CCGCUGAAUCAGUUCUGUCUCAGUGUCCAAACUGCCGUCUAUCUACUGCGGAGUGAACCCUAGACCAAGAGAGGGGAAAGGAGGAUAUCUUGUUCAGAGGAAGGAAAGAGUGACACAGGAAGAGAGAGAUAGAGAGAGAGAGAGAGAGAGAGAGAGAGAGAGAGAGAGAGAGAGAGAGAGAGAGAGAGAGAGAGAGAGAGAGAGAGACUUUUCUGUCAAAGAUCUCUGUUAUUGACUCUGACAUCGUGACAUUGCUGGAGCACCAACAGCUAUUGACAUAAGCUAAGAAAAUUUGAGAUUUUUAAUAAUCAGGAUAAAAGAAAAGGAUUUUUUCACCAAUUCCAAAGACAGAAGUGAAAGCAGCUGCUCACCAACACACCGGGACUAAAAACCAACCACCUGGAGAACAUCUGACAGAUUUUGGAGACGACACAAGUUCAUUGUAAAGAUGAGUUUGUCUCGCAACGGGACACUGGAAAGGACGCCGUCUCAGCAGUUUGGCUCUGAUGCAGAUGACUCCGAGUCGACUCGUCUGCAUCCCGCGAGUUCCGUACCAUCACCGGUGGUUGACCCUGUGACCCCAGCGGCAGUGGUUCCUCCUCCGUACUCAUCGUCCAGCGCUUCGGCCGAGCCCCUGGAGCUCAGAGCCUCGCUGGACUGCUGGGCGUGUUCGGUUCUGGUCACAGCGCAGAACCUCAUCAUCGCCGCCGUGAACACGGCGCUCGCCGCUGUUGUGUUCGGGAUCAUCCUCACUCCGGCGCUCACCAUGGUCGUGUUCGGCUUCCUCUGCCAUUCGAAGGUUCAGCCCCAUGGUACCUCGAGUUAUUGCUCAGACCUGCUGAACGACGCUUCCUGUGUAGCUCUGCUGGUGGUGGGGUUCCUGUUGUUGGUUCCCCUGCUGGUGUUGGCUCUAGCGGCGUACUGUAGAUUGGCGCGUCACCUACAGCUUGGUCUCUGUUUCAUCCCUUACAGCCGCGCUGUCUACAAGAACCUCCCUGUGUCUCAGCACCCGGGGCUGCGGGGCUGCUGCGGCCAGGAGGGGACGCCAGAGAGAGACGCCAAAGCCAGCGUGUGGGUGUGAGGACGUACAGGACGCUCUGCAGGGUUGUGGGCGAUUUAAUAAUCAUGUGAUCUACUUUUUUUUUUCAUUUGUAUAGCGAUUCUAAACAAUCACAGCAGACAAAUCCACCGAUUUCUGAUCUUUAUAAUUAGACAAGUACCAAAAUUCUUUCAAAAAAAUGUUUGAUUUUAUUUCCUGAUGUUAUUUUUGAGGACUGAACAUGGAUUCCAGUGGUGUUGCAUGAUUCUGAUACGUUUGUCAUACUUUUUUUUAUAAUGUGUUUAUUUUUAAUAAACCUAAAGGCAGAAAUUCUCACAAA